ACAUCUCGAGCAUUCAAAUUCACUGUCAUCAUGAAAUUGAUUACAUCCAUCGCUGCUUUAUUGGCCGUAGCAUCGGCAGGUCAGGUCUACCCUCAACCACAAGUGGAUAACUACCAGAAUACCGAAGCAUACCAGCCUGGUCUAGAAUACCAUGACGGUUUCAGGCAGGCGCAUGCUUUAGGCGGUCAAACAUACAAUAGCAGACCUUUGGCUGAGAAGACGGCGAGGAUACUUAGUUAUCAUUCCGAGAAUAAUGUACACAACUAUAACUACGGCUAUGAGACCGAAAAUGGAAUAAAAGCUCAAGAAGUCGGUCAAACUCCUCACGGAACUCAAGCUGAAGGUGCUUUCUCAUACGUAGGGGAUGAUGGGCAUGUGUACACAGUGCAAUACGUCGCUGACGAGCAUGGCUUCAGAGCGCAGGGUGCGCAUUUGCCCACACCUCCCCCAAUCCCCGAAGCCAUCUUGAAAUCUCUGGAACAGAAUGCCAAGGAUGAGGCUAAUGGAAUUGUUGAUGAUGGGCAAUACAAGGAACACACUGUAUCUCAAGGUCAAGCUUACCAACAGUACGACGCGGCAUACCAACAGAACUACCACAACGCAGCGCAGACUUCCGCCGUCGAAACUGGAUACCAUUAAAGUACUGGAAGAAGCGUGACUAUACUAACCUGUUCUCUUUUUC